AUGAGCAAAACUGCCUCACUUCAGAAUAAAAACAAGAUACAUAUCAAUGUGCCUGCACUUUUGCUUUCACCUCUUUAAAAUGAGAGCUGACUUACAGCAACAACUCAAAUGUUACACCAAUUGAUUGAUUAAAAUGUAGAGUAGUUGAAGACAAAAUUGAGGCUAGUGAGUACAGGGCUUUUAAAAUGAAGCGUGCUAAACAUAUUUCACUAUUACUUGUAUUCUGUUCCAUUGGGCAGCAUAACGUUCUUUUUCUUGCCAAGUUGUUAUCAAAGGAAAGAUCCCUGCUUGAUACUUGCUGUCCAUGUCAUUUCCUACCUCUGACAUGCCGUUGGUCUGUACUGGUGGAAUUCUGCUUUUAGUGUCUGUCUUGUAAAACCUGUUUCUAGAAUGAAGGAACUGGAAAUCUUCCUUGUGUGAGAGUUUUGUGUGUGAUGGGAUGUCCCCCUGAACAGGCCUCGUUCUCUCCUGAAAUUCUUGUUUUGGAAACUGUAGUGAGUAUUCACACAGAAUGGCUUGCUCUGCCUCCCUGAGCAGCGCUUAGCUGUAGAUUCUGAUAGUCUGUAGCUUUAAAAACAAUCAAACAAAAAAGUCACGUUAACAUAGCUGCAGUAGUGUGGGCACUUCAAUGUCUCAAAACUCUUUAAGUUCACUGGUGGCCCAUACUGAAGCAUCCUUGCAGCUGCAUUGUUCAGAAUAUCUGAGUGACAGUUUCAGUUAUCUGGAGGAGACAUUAAACCUUCUUAAAACCCAGAAAGCCUGUUCAAACUCUUGAAAGGUUCACUAAUUCUUAUAGUUUCCAGUGGUUUUAUUGUUAGCGUUUGUUCUUUGAGCUCUCUCUCUAGAUGUUUCCAGGUGAGGAACAGCAUACUGCUCAUACGGCAAAUGUAAAUAGAGAAUUCUGCUUUCUCAAAAUAUCAUUUUGAAGCCUCCUUAUGCUUCUGCAUGCAAAGCAAACACCACCUGCAUGCAUUCAGGAACAAAUAUUUUUCUCAUUCUCCUGAUCUUUAACUGCUGUAGUCAGAUCCAGAAAAUCUUCAGAAUUUAACUGGUUGGAAUUGAGAUUGAUUACCAAAACAAACUAAACUGAGUAAUCCUUCAGAGAAGAAUGAUAAAGACACUGUACUGAUAAAACAGAAACCUAAAAUUUCCCUUUCAAAUAGACAUUAGUUUGCUGGGUAAAAAGGAACCCAAUAUAUCUUUCAAAAAAGCAUUGCCGUCUGAUUUUUGACAUGUUAGUAAUUGAAACCCUAAAAGUUGCUACUAUUCUUUAACAACAAGACCUGUUGUUACAUUUAAUGUUUACGCAGACAUUUUUAUUAUGUUCUGCUUAAGAAUUACUAAAUUUAUGUACUUUAAUCAGCUGAUAAUAAAAUAAGUAUUAAUUGCGUAAUGAAAUAUUUCAUAAAAUAAAUUGGCUUAAAUCCAUAAAAAAAUUUUAAAAUAGUACUGAAGUUUUGACUGAAACUUGAUUAAAUGAAAACAAUGCCAUUAGAACUUUACAGAAGAAAGGAAGAAAAAUCGCACUAUAACAAAACAAGAGUUUGAGGUGGGGUGGGGGGGUCUCAAGUGACACAACUCCUCCCCCUCAAACAGAUUUUUUCAGGUGAUAUGAAAUGAUUAUUUCUAAGAUGAGCAUACAUUAUUAGGAGUUAGAACUCAGUGUGUUGAAUCACUCUUUGCCCAUAGGUUCCUUUCUGUCUCCACUGCCUGCUUAGAGAACUCCUUUAUCCUCUGAAUUAUGGCUGCAUUAAGUUAGAUUGCCAGAAUAAGUAAGGUUCCAUACCAACUAAUGAAAUGCAAUAAAAUAAGUAAUUCUCUAUUAGCAACAACCAGAGUAGGAUGCUUACACUUGAUUACUAGUGUGUGUGCAGUUAUGAAGGCUGACACUUGUUCAAGAAACUUAAUUAUACCAUCUUGUUGCUUAUUACUCUGUUAAACUAGAAUACCGUACUAACUUGGUGUACUGGAAGGCAAGAUGAAAGCCCUGAUCUCUUACUAGUCUGAAAACUUUAUAAACUGCUUUUCAGUAAGGUGUAAUACAGUAUAAUUUGUCAUAAAUACAACUUUGAAUUUAAUUGUUUUGUUUUAUAUUAUUUGCUUGCUUUUUCUUACACAUGUAAUUCACAGUCUGUUUUUGUCACUGUAUUCUGGGCUGCAAAUUCAUACCAGCUGUAAUCUAAAUUGUAUUCUAAGAAUAUCUGCUAGUUCAAGAUCUGUGGAAGAAAUUAUCACUAGAAUUAACAUUAUCUUUGACUACAGUGAUUGAAAACUAAUGAAAUGUAUUUUUAAAAUGUGCAAAUAUGUUUGGGCUUCCACCAGCAUUGGGACUAUUGUUAGAGUGCAGAUGUGAAGCAAAUGAUUUUUCAAAAUUAGAAAAACAUGAAUUAGUACUGAAGUGAAAGAAUGAUAUUUUGACUAAUGACUCGACAAAUAUUUCCUGACACGGUGUGGGAUUUCUGUGGGUUCUGAAGAAAGAAAAUUUUUUUCCUUUGGAAAGUUUAAAGAACAUCCGUGAAUCUCCUCAAAUAUCUACAGUCAAAUAUGAGGAAUUGGGGAGGGAUUGUGCUAUGUGUGUGUUGGAUUUUUUUUUUUUAAAUUUAAAUUCAGUUUCUUUUGCAAGCUGAACUUUGUGCGAAUGCAAGGUUAUAGCAACAACUAAUUCUUUUGUUCAUAUAACUGUUGCUUUUAUAACAGCUCUAGGGGCAUUGGUCAGUUUCUGUCAUAGAACUGCCAGUUUAAUGUAACAAGGAAGGGAAGAGCAAAGGAGUACGUCACACCUUUAAAUUUAAUCUCCUGUAUUACUGUAAUCCAGUUCUUCCUGUAGAACAGUCUGGUCUUUGAAUUAGCACUAUCUUCUAAUUUUGUAUCCGUCAGUCUUUAAAGUUCUUGCAUCAAAGUCACAAAUGAAAGUACUAAACUGACUGAAUCCUUGAGGAACAGGCUGAGUAAGUUCUUAAUUUUAAUAAUUCCUCAUUGGUAUAACCUAUUGUACCCCUUCAGCCAGUUCUGUAUCCACCUAAGUAUUUCUCUACUAAUCCUUUGUAUUCUCCACUUUAAAUUUUCUCUGUGCCUCAUACUUUGCUGAAGAAUAAUGAAUAACUGAUAAGGCAGUGGUGUUAAUCUAGGCAAGGAAAAAUGUAUCAACAUGAAUAAAACAAUGCAUUACCUUCUAUUUAUGCUCAUACUAUUGACCUGCUCUUUCCUGCCAAAUCUGAGACUUCAUGUAAUGUUGAGGUCUAAAUAAUGAUUGUUAGUGGCUGAUCAUUCUUUGGAGGAGGGAGGGGGAGUAUAGUUGUGAAGUUUGCUCUCUUUAGCCGUAGAAUACUAAAUAGGUUUUUGGAAGUCUCUGCUAAUAGUCUGCAUCCCAGACUAAUUUUCUGAUUAUAAUUAGAUGCAUGGAGAUACAGAUCCAGCCAGAAUAGGGACUUAACACUUAGUGGUGCACAGUUGUUGAUGUACGUUGUAGUCUAGUGUUCCUCUUAGGAUGUCUGACUGAGGCUGAGUUAGUAGCAGAGUUUCCCUUGAUACCAGUGCCAGCUAGUUCACCCACUCUUCACUCUUCUGGCUGUAAUAUCUCUUUGUUUGUACUGGUGCAACUAUUAUUUGUGUAGCUAUUAGGGAAGCCAUAGCACAGAGUUGACCUAAGAUUAAAAUAAGCCUUUGUUUCACCUUUUUUGGUCUGAGUUACUGUGUCAAUACAAUUAAAAUGAGCAGCAAAGGUAAUAAGGAAAUUGAGACUGCUUAGGGCUGCAGUGCUGCUAGACGUAAUGAUCUUGAGUUUAUACCUUUAGUGGUGGUGCUGACAAGAAGAAUCCAGCCCUUGAAAUGAAAGCUGCUUUGUUUAGGCUUUUUUUUUUUGUUUGCCAGAACCCCCAGAUUGUUGGCUUUGAAAUUAAAAAAAAAAAAAAAGAGGGACCUGGAAAACCACAUGCAAAUUUUUCAACUGAGAAUAAUUAAAUUAUUUCUCAGUGUAGUGCAAAGGCUAAUAGUGAUUUGUCUGCUUUGAAGCCUAUGGUAAAAGGUCUGUUUUUGAACGAAAGGAACAUUUUCACUUGUGAAAUUCCUCAUAAUGAAUUCCUGCAGUUAAAGCUCUUGUUUCUAAAAAUCAAAUCUAGAAAUCUGGAAUACUAGAUUUUUUUCAGCUGUGUUCUUCCCCCUUUUUAAGUUAGUUACCAGCUCUUAUCUUACUUUUAACUUACUUAAUGAACCAUUGGUCCUUAAGCAUUUUGUGUUUUUUCUGUAAUGAUGUUGGAGGUAAGACAGUAGGGAUGAUAUCUUGUUCUUCUUCAUAUCCAUUUGGGUAGGUAAUAAUAUGAACUGAUUGUUCAAAACAUAAGCAUAUUUGUAUUCGUUUAUUAAAGUUUUGUAACAAUACAGUGUCAGAAAGGUACUGUACUGUGGGGGACGGAACCAACUUUGUUUCUGGGUUUGCUGUAACUGUCAUCAUGGUACUUUUCUGUAGAAAGAAAACAGAGGCUAAAAUUAGUUUCAUGAAGCUGAACACCUUUUCCUGGUGAUGUUAAUAUAUUGUAAUUGAAAGUAUUAUAAGUCUAUAAGAAUCCAGUGGUUCCAAAAGAACAGGUUUGGGUUGGUUUUAUUUUUGGUGGAUGCACUCGAUUGUGUCACUGCAAGUUGUGAAUUCUGACAAAUAACAUUGUGGGUUUGUUCAGUCUUUUGAAAUACAGUGUUCUGGCUACCGGCUAUGAUUGCAACAAUAAGUAAUCAAGUUUAAUGGAAGUAUAAAUUCCUUGAGUGAAGAUACGAACACAUUGUGUGAAAUAUGUCUAACAUAGAGGAGCCCAGAGCGUUUUUACAUAGAGGGCUGUGCAGAUGGCAGUUAAGUAGGGUGAGCUGUAAAUGUUAUCUUGGACUUCUAUAGAUGGAGAAAUGUGGUGACCAUUCCAGCAUGCAGGAGAGCACAUGUGUUUGAGACUCACAUUUUUCUUUUUCACUGUUCUGUUUUAUAGUUGCUAGUGCUUCUGGUUUCUUUUUACAGAUCUAAGUCUUUGAGCAUCAAAUUUGACAUGGAAGUUAGAGCUAAACAAAUGUCAGUUAGUGAAAUGAUUCAUAAACUGUGUUUUAAUGUAAUUUAAUCAUGUACUGAAUGAAAAAAGUGAAACAUAAAACUUGUGUCUUAGGAAGUCAUUUGGGGUGUGUAGAGAACCAACUAGAAUAAUUUCAAGAAACAAAAACAGAAUUGAAAUUGCAGAGGAGACAACACUUUCUCCCUUAUUUUGGGGAGGAGUUUUACUUUGAGAUUCCAAGAACAUUCCAGUGGUUGUCCUUCUACAUUUAUGAUAAAAGUGUUUUACAAAAAGACCUGCGUAUAGGGAAGGUGUCUAUCAAAAAAGAAGAUUUGUGCAACUACACAGGAAAAGAGAACUGGUUUAUGCUUCAACCCGUUGAUUCUAAUUCAGAGGUUCAGGGAAAAGUUCACCUUGAAUUAAAACUGAAUGAACUGAUAACAGAUAAUGGAUCUGUGUGCCAGCAGCUAGUAGUACACAUAAAGGAGUGCCAUGGGUUGCCUCUUAUAAAUGGACAGAAUUGUGACCCUUACGCAACAGUCUCUCUUGUGGGGCCUUCCAGGAAUGACCAAAAGAAGACCAAAGUAAAGAAGAAAACAAGCAAUCCGCAGUUUAACGAAACAUUUUAUUUUGAGGUAACCAGGUCCAGCAGUUAUACCAAAAAGUCCCAGUUUCAGGUGGAAGAAGAAGAUAUUGAGAAACUAGAAGUCAGGGUUGACCUAUGGAAUAACGGAAAUUUGGUACAAGACAUCUUUCUAGGAGAAAUUAAAGUUCCUGUGAAGGUGUUAAGAAAUGAUUCCUUUCAAGCAUGGUACUUACUUCAACCAAGAGAAAAUGGAAACAAGUCGUCUAAAACUGAUGAUUUGGGAUCACUUAGAUUAAAUAUCUGUUAUACUGAAGACUGUGUACUUCCAUCUGAAUACUACACUUCUCUAAGAAACUUGCUGCUAAAAUCUUCAGAUGUUCAGCCAAUUUCUGCAUCUGCUGCCUACAUACUGAGUGAAGUUUGUCGAGACAAGUACGAUGCUGUUCUGCCUCUUGUACGAUUAUUGCUGCACCACCAUAAGCUAGUUCCAUUUGUUGCUGCAGUGGCAGAACUAGAUCUGAAGGACACCCAAGAAGCAAACACAAUAUUCAGAGGCAACUCGUUAGCAACUCGAUGUGUAGAUGAAAUGAUGAAAAUAGUGGGGAAGCACUACCUAAAGGUUACCUUGAAACCUGUUAUUGAUGAGAUAUGUGAGUCUCCUAAACCCUGUGAAAUAGAUCCCAUCAAAUUAAAAGAAGGGGAUAAUGUAGAAAUUAAUAUGGAAAAUCUACGCUAUUAUGUAGACAAAGUAUUCCGUGAAAUUGUGCGGUCAAGUAUAAGUUGUCCUACCCUAAUGUGUGAUGUUUUUUAUUCUUUGAGGCAUCUGGCUGCCAAAAGAUUUCCAAAUGACCCUCAUGUACAGUAUUCUGCAGUGAGCAGCUUUGUGUUUCUUCGUUUCUUUGCUGUAGCCGUAGUCUCACCUCAUACUUUUCAUUUACGACCUCACCAUCCAGAUGCACAGACUUCCAGAACAUUAACUCUUAUAUCAAAAGCCAUCCAGACUCUGGGGAGUUGGGGAAGUUUGACCAAAAGCAAACUUUCAAGUUUCAAGGAGACAUUUAUGUAUGAAUUUUUCAAAACAUUUCAAGAAGAAAAAUUUACUGAAUCUGUUAAAAAGUUCCUAGAUGAUGUUUCCUCUACUGAAAGUAAAGAGCCCAGUGGUCUGAGUGAGCCAGUACAUCUAAAAGAAGGGGAAAUGUACAAAAGAGCUCAGGGGAGGACUCGGAUCGGUAAAAAGAAUUUCAAAAAGCGGUGGUUCUGUCUAACAAGUAGAGAAUUCACAUACCACAAGCAGCAAGAUAAAGAACCAAUUUUCACUAUUCCAAUCAAAAACAUCCUUGCAGUGGAGAAACUUGAUGAGAGCUCCUUCAACAAAAAAAAUAUGUUUCAAGUACUACAUGGAGAAAAGCCACUCUAUAUCCAAGCAAAUAACUGUGUAGAAGCUAGUGAGUGGAUAGAAGCUCUUUGCCGGGUAACGAGGUGCAACCAGAAGAGGCUUAGUUUUUACCAUCCUUCUGCUUUUCUGAAUGGGAGCUGGCUUUGCUGCAAGGCUACAAUAGAGAACACAGUGGGCUGUGCUCGUUGCACUGCAGACGUUCCUGCUGAUACUCAAAUUGAGAUUGAUGGAGACAGAGAGACAGAAAGAAUUUACUCACUUUUCACUAUCAACAUGUCUAAACUACAGAAGUUGGAAGAGGCUUGUGGAAGUAUAGCAGUCUAUCAAGGUCCACGGAAAGAACCAGAUGAUUAUUCUAACUUCACAAUUGAAGAUUCUGUUGCAACUUUUCAUACACUUAAACAGAUAAUAGAUAUAGUAGAAAAGCUGAAUGAAUCGCAUGAAAAAUACCAGAAGAAGAGGUCAUCUAGUGCGAAAUAUGGUAGUGAAGAAAAUCCAAUUGUUGGAAAAGUUUCCUAACCAAAAGAAACUGUGGCACACUUCGAUGAAAAAAGAAACUGGAAAUGUUCUUGAGUGUUUGGGUUAUUUGGUUUUUGUUUUGGUUUUUUAAAUCAUUAUAUGCAUUUUUACAAAGUAUUUAAGAAUGAACAUAAAUGCGAGUUGUGUUGACAAUCUAUUUAAUAUUUAAUAGAAAAAUAUCUACUUGGAAAUCUGGUCUCAAGGUUUAUUCUCAUUUUGCUGAAGAAUUUGGAGUUCCAGGUUCUAGAAGUAACAGGUGUGAAUAAAUCUAAGUGUUGUUUUACCAUUGUUGUCUUAUUGGAAAGAACUUUCUAAACAAAUAAGCUUUUUAAUGGAAGAAAAUCUACACGGCAUUUGUUGGUUGGAUUACAUCUCUCAAUACAUACACUGCAAACUUGCGGGAGUUUACCAUGAGUGCCUGCCCUGCUGAUAAGGAUCUCGAAAUAGAAAUCCCAAGAUACUAUGACACGGAUAAGAUCUGAAGCUUCACACUCAAUUAAUUUGAUUGUUUUAUCCUUGUAUUAGGUGUUGUCAGGACUUGAUUUAUCUACAGGUGAAGUCUUAUAAAAUCAUGCAGUAUGCUGCAAAUAAUCUGGACAGCAGAUACCAGUGUUAGUUAUGUUUUUAAGUACUAAAGAAGAAGAAAUCAGGGAACCUUUGUUGUACCUCUUGUUUACAUUUGGGGUGAGUAAUAUAUGGAGUGACAUUAGACCACUAUCUAUUUUCUUUAGGAUUUUUUAAGGUACAUAAUUUUUCUUAAUCUAAAAAGAAAUGCAGGGUAACAACAUUCUUUUUAAAUAAGUUUGCCUACAGAUAGAAAAAUGUAAAUGUGAACAGAUUGUGGUUCAGUACUGAUCAAUUUACAUUAUCCCACUAUGAUUUUUUUUUUUUUUAAUAAAAAGCAAUAACUAAGUCCAGCUCACCUUUGACUACAAAUCUAAUAAGUAAUCUCUAUUAUAAUCACUCAAAGCACUUUAGAUAUCUGGACUAUCCCAGAUUAUUUUUAGAUACUUUGUAGUAUCUGCUUGUUAUGAUCAGUUGAAUGAUCAACAUUCUUUUGUCUUUAGUUAUGUGGAUUUGUAUUUGCCACUUAACACAAUUUUAAACUGGCAUUCUUGACUUCAGUGAGAUUAAUUUUUGUUCACUUCAUCUGAGAAGUUAGGUUUAUGCUGAAAGAACAUGUAUGUAUAUAACCAGGAAGAAGCAAAGGUAUUACUGUGGCAACUUUGCUUCGUCAGUAUUAAAUACAGUGGUACUCCUUGGAAUAUUAUUUUUAAUAAUAACUAUAUGUGGUACUUUUAUUUUUGGAGCAUUUGCUGUGGGAUGUUUUGUUGUUGUUUUGUUGGGUGUUUUUUGGUUUUGGGGUUUUUUUACAAUCAUGAUUUGGCCAAAUUAGGAAUGUAACUUACAAAUAGAAUAGAAAUCCACAACGCUUGAAACUGUAAGCUGUUUAAAUUACUAUACAUUUAUUAUGCUGUUGUAGGGAGGCUUCCUGUGAUAAAAGCAAGUUGGCAAGACAGGACUGAAAUAUCUUUUGGAAUGAAUGUAACUUUGUAGAAUCACUAUUUGAUUUAACACCAGACAAACUGUUUUAUAACACCCAGGGUUCAGUACUUUUGAAAUUGGGGUUGGGGGGAGGGAGAGGGAAUACAGUAAUGCCAAGAAAUGUGUUUUGCCAAGGUAAAGUGGGUCUUAUUAAUUGCCAUUAAUAAAAAGCUGCCAUUAAACAAAGCUGAAUGUGGUCAAGUGUCAAAGUUUGGUUUUGCUGUAUAUGGAUUAAACCUGUGGCAAAGUAUCUGUUUCUUGGAGCCGUUUUCUGUUGUUUCCAAAGUCAAAUUUGUGAAAAAUUAAAUUGUAUACUCUUGCAACAAAUUUUUUUAAAAAUGCACUUUUUUGCUUUGGUACUGGAAUAUCUGGGAAAAAAACAAAGGCCAUUGAAUAUUUGUGACCAUUAAGAUUUGAUUUCUCAUUUUGUAAUGUUUUAAAAUGCAGUAGAUGUUCUAGAAUUUAAUUAGGUACAAGUAGGAUGAUUAAUAAUGAAAAUUGCCUUCAUUUUGAUUAGUCUAGAAAGUUGAUGCUAUUUGGCAGUUAGUUCUGUUAGGAUUAUAAAUUAUCAUUAGUUUUAAUUUGUAUUAUGAUGUAUUGUUGAAUGUAUUUUUAUUUAAAUUUUAUUUUCUUAUCAAGACAUUAAAAUGUUUUGUAACAUUGCUUGAGAAUAACUCACAAAUAAAUUACAACAACCUUGAGA